CUCGCAAACAGAACUUGACUUGUAAUUUGUAAAACCAGACCCAUCUUCAUCUCAGUUGAAACUUCAAAUUUCAUUUAACAUAGAGAUCAGAUCUGUAUAAUUUACCCUCAAUACAAAUAAAUCUUGUGAGAAGCUCAACAAAAAUGGCGAAAAUUUCAAAAUCAACCGUAGUAAUACUACUAGUAUUGACUGUGGCGGUGUCCAUGUCAAAUGGUGUGGAGGCGAAUGCAUCAUCGGAGUUCGUGAAGCAGACGAUAUCAUCUCACCCCAUCGUCAUCUUCUCCAAAUCUUACUGCCCGUAUUGUAGAAAGGCAAAAUCUGUUUUCAAAGAGUUGAAUCAAGUGCCAUAUGUUGUUGAGCUCGACGAGAGAGGAGAUGGCUGGAAUAUACAGAGUUCUUUAGGUCAGCUUUUUGGGAAGCGUACUGUACCUCAGGUAUUCAUCAACGGAAAGCACCUUGGAGGCUCAGAUGAUACAGUGGCUGCCUAUGAAAGUGGAGAACUGGCCAAGCUUCUAGGAACUUCCGCAACAGGCAAAGAACUUUAAACCAAGAAUGUCAAACCAAAUUCCGGUGAUAGUAACAGCAACUUGAUAUGUUAUGCCUGCAAUACAUGUAAACCAUAUGUAUGAAAAAGUUCCAAAUGUAACUAUCACCAGUGCACAUUAGUGUCACGCUGCUUAUUUUUAUUAUGGCUAAUCAUGGUCACUUGAAUCAAAAGACCAUUUUUCAUUUAAGCUUAAUUGAGAAUCAGUUGUAUC